UAUAAUUAGUUGGUUAUACAUACUUGGAGCUGCCAAUAAGAAUGAUAUAAUUAGUUGGUUAUACAUAGUUGAAGCUGCCAAUAAGAAUGAUAUAAUUAGUUGGUUAUACAUACUUGGAAUUACUGCUUUUAUUUAUUGUGGCCAGUAGAUAGUUUGCGAAAAAACUUUUUUGUACAUCUUUUUCAAUGUGAUGUUUAAGGGAUGCAGGCUGUGGUAAUUUCUGUGUCGGAUAUCGCACCUGGAUCCGUGGCGCGCUUGCCGCCGGAAACCUCACCGCACGCGACUAAACUCUGUUCUCUGUGUUCCCCCAGAAUCCCGUCAAUCAGACGAGAGGGCGGAGCCUAGACUAUCCUGAGACCAGGCUGACAACAAAGUUUUAACAGUGCACGAGCGGACAACACAGAGAAGCUAUGGGGAGGCGAGCACGAGCGUCUCUGCUCGCCACAGUUAUACUUCAACUUGCGGUGUUACAGGUUUCCGGCUCGGGAGCGUUUGAGUUUCGGUUAGAGGCAUUCUCCAACGACUACGGUCGAGAUUUCGAAGGAAAUUGUUGCAGUGGAUACCGCACGUCGCAUGGUUUGUGUAGUGGUGUUUGCCAAACGUCUUUUCGCGUGUGUUUGAAACAUUACCAAGCAACUAUAAAUCCUAACCCGCCGUGCACUUUUGGUGAGGUUAUAUCGCCUGUGCUGGGAAACAAUUCGGUUCAUCUUCUGGAUAAGAAGGUGGCCGGCUUUAUCAACCCUGUUCGAUUUUCAUUUGACUUUUCGUGGCCGGGAACAUUUUCGCUGAUUGUUGAAGCCUGGCAUGAAAGCAGUGGCCACGAAGGAGGAGGAAAAACAUUAGUCAGUCGAUUAGCCACACAGAGGUGGCUAGAUGUGAGGCCAGAGUGGACCCAGGAUUCUCACCGUACUGACCACACCGCCAUGACAUACUCGUACCGAGUCCUUUGUGAAGACAAUUACUACGGCAAGGCCUGUGCUAAAUUGUGUCGACCGAGGGACGAUAAGUUUGGACACUACAGUUGUAGUUCAAAUGGCGACAAAGUAUGUCUGCCUGGUUGGUCAGGAGAGUACUGCACGAAAGCUAUUUGCCUGCCAGGGUGCCAUGAGCAAAACGGACAUUGUGACCAGCCGAACGAGUGCAAAUGCCGACUGGGUUGGGAGGGUCCGAUGUGUGAGCAGUGCACGCGAUACCCAAACUGUGUGUAUGGGACUUGCACCCAGCCUUGGCAGUGUAACUGUGAAGAGGGCUGGGGUGGAUUGCUGUGCAACCAAGAUUUAAACUACUGCACUAAUCACAAGCCCUGUAAGAAUGGAGGGACGUGCACCAAUACUGGUCAAGGAUCCUAUACGUGCGCAUGUCCAGAAGGGACCACGGGUUCUAACUGUGAAGUUCAUGUGGACGGUUGUGUACGAAGACAAUGUGACAACGGAGGAAUAUGCAAGCGAGUUGAUAAGUCGUACAGAUGUGAAUGUCCACAAGGUUUUCAUGGCAACCAUUGUGAAAGGUCAACUAACAUGUGCUCAAAUCACCAAUGCGAAAACGGAGGAACUUGCAAGGAUGGACUAGCUGGUUACUUGUGUGUUUGUCCAGACGGAUUUUCAGGUGACCGCUGUGAAAUCCAACCGAAUAAGUGCGAACCAAAUCCUUGUCGUAAUGGAGGAAGCUGUGUACAGCGAGUAAAGUCACAUAUGUGCAUCUGCCCCACGGGGUUUACAGGUGACCAGUGUGACAUUGAUAUCAACGACUGUGUUGAGAAUCCCUGCCUCAAUGGGGGGUCUUGUGUAGAUGACAUCAACUCCUUCCGCUGUUCCUGCGUGCCAGGGUUUAUGGGAUCACUGUGUCAAACUAACGUUGAUGAUUGCUUAAUCAAGCCUUGUGCUAACGGCGGUAUUUGCCACGACUUGAUCAACGACUUCCGUUGCGACUGCCAACCAGGGUUUACAUCAAAGGAUUGUUCUGUUGAGAUCAAUGAAUGUCGUUCCAACCCUUGCCGAAACGGUGGGACCUGCCUGGACCGUGUGAAUGAGAUCGUGUGUCUAUGUCCAUAUGGAUUUAAUGGUGUGCUUUGUGAAGAAGAUGAGGAUACAGGUGGUAAUGUGCAACUCCACACCUUGAAAUUGAAUUAUAACGAAUCCGUCGAAGUGCCGCAAGCAGCGCCUCCUACAACUGCUAUAGAAGUUUCUCAUCAUAUGUCGGAUGAUGAAAAACAUUCUCGCCUCUCCGUCAACCACGUGACUUUAACUGCUACAUUUUCAACAGUAGUGCCUCUGGUGUCAUUGGUAGCAGUAUUAUUGAUACUGUUCUUCCGUAAUCGAAAGCGUCAGCGAAAACAUCAUGAAGAAGAAGUGAUACAAAAACAAAAUGAGCAAAAUACAGUGAACAGCAUGAACAAUAAAUUUUUAGAGAGUAAAAUAAUUAAUACACUGGAUAGGCCUAGCCAAAAGUCAUUAAACAUUAGCAGCGAAGGCCAAGAUCUUUCUGCUGCUGUAAAAGGACAUGAAAGUAUGUCCAGGACAAAGUCCAACAAGUUUUUAAACACGGACUGCAAUAGCAGCCAGACGGCGGAUAUCGACUCCGACAAACAGCUUUCUAGUUCACAAAGGACUUUAGAAAGGAGAGGAUCUGUACAUUCUGCAUCAGCAACACUCCCUGUUGUCAAUAAAAGUGAUUCCUUAUCUUCAUGUCCUCACAGUAGCGUGUACAUCAUUGGUGACGACUAUAGACAAGAAGAGUUGAAUGAGGAGAUGCUUGCCACGGAGGUGUGACAUCAUCAGUGAUGUCCUUAAGCCUCUUCUAAGCCUCGCUAACGUGUUUCAAAACAAGUCAUACUAUAAGGAUUAUUUAUUUAUCAUCUUCGGAGGAGCAAACUCUACAUACAGCUGGACAAUGUGCCUUGCAUGUUUGUAAAAUAUUGCAUACGUUAACAGAAAAAAGUGACUGGCUUCUAAAUGUAAAGUCGUCUGGAGAAUCCAUAAUAUUAAUUUUGCAAGUCAAAUUCCAUAAGCUUAUUAUCUAGGUAUGGCGUACAUCCGGUCCACAGCAGCCAUGGAAGACGUGGAAGAGUCGUAUCAUACUGGACUUAUUGAAAAUACUUUUUUUUUUCUUAUUCCUUUGCUUGUAAAGCCCAGUCAUCGUAAGUUAACGUGUAAAUAGUAUUGUAUAUUUAAAGUAGAUCAUUGUUGUAAAAAAAGCAUUACUGUUGUGCCACUUUCGUCAUUGUCAAUAAAACCAUGAUCA